AUGGCCUCAUUCUCACGAUCACUACGACCGCUCACCCGCGUUGCUACGGCUUCGUCGCGUUCGCUGCGACCAGCAGUCCGCCCCGCCCCGCAAAUACGAUGUCUCUCCAUGACUCCUUCCCGGCGAGAAGCUGUCGAUAUCUCAGAUGUGCCGCCGACGCCCAUCACCCACCUCUCGGAGACCGAGAUGCUCAUGGGCGACUCGGUGUCCAAGUUUGCCAAUGAUGUCGUACUGCCCAAGGCCCGAGAGAUGGAUGAGGCCGAGGCCAUGGAUCCAGCGGUAGUCGAGCAGCUGUUUGAGCAGGGACUCAUGGGCAUCGAGAUACCCGAAGAGUACGGCGGCUCGGGCAUGAACUUCACCUCGGCCAUCAUCGCCAUCGAAGAGCUGGCGCGCGUCGAUCCAAGUGUGAGCGUUCUGUGCGACGUGCACAACACGCUAGUCAAUACUGCCAUUAUCAAGUGGGGCUCCGAGAAGCUGAAGAAGGAGUGGCUGCCCAAGUUGGCCACCAACACAGUUGGGUCAUUCUGUCUAUCUGAGCCCGUCUCUGGCUCUGACGCCUUUGCACUCGCCACCAAGGCUACGCGAACAGAAAAUGGCUACAAGAUCAACGGCAACAAGAUGUGGAUUACCAACAGCGUUGAAGCAAACUUCUUCAUUGUCUUUGCCAAUCUCGACCCCAGCAAGAAGUACAAGGGCAUCACUGCAUUCAUUGUCGAAAAGGGCACCCCCGGCUUCUCCAUUGCCAAGAAGGAGAAGAAGCUGGGUAUCAAAGCCAGCAGCACCUGUGUUCUCAACUUUGACGACGUUGAGAUUCCCAAGGACAAUUUGCUAGGCAAGGAAUUCGAGGGCUACAAAUACGCCAUUGGGUUGCUUAAUGAAGGCCGCAUUGGUAUUGCAGCACAAAUGACCGGCCUGGCACUGGGUGCUUGGGAAAAUGCAGCAGGCUAUGCAUGGAACGACCGCAAGCAGUUUGGCCAACUCAUUGGCGAGUUCCAGGGUAUGCAGCACCAGCUUGCCCAAGCCUGGACCGACAUUCAGGCUGCUCGCGCCCUUGUCUUCAACGCCGCUCGCAAGAAGGAGGCUGGCGAGGACUUCGUCAUGGAUGCAGCCAUGGCCAAGCUUAUGGCAUCGCAGGUUGCCGGACGUGUGUCCGGGCAAGCAGUCGAAUGGAUGGGCGGAAUGGGCUUCGUAAGAGAGGGCCUGGCUGAAAAGUACUUUAGGGACAGCAAGAUUGGCGCCAUUUAUGAGGGAACAAGCAACAUCCAGCUGACGACUAUUGCGAAGCAUUUGCAGAAGAAGUACACGAAAUAG